CGGAGAGCGACGACACUUUAACUAGUCGCAUUCGGGCAUUGAUCCCUUGCUACCGCCGCGAAUUGUUGAUCUAAUAUUGUGCGAUGUCUUUGUUUGCAUUUUAUGUACACCCACCCAGUGAUCUAAGCGACUCAGCAAUUAAUUAUAUCAUUUGAACCACGACAAGCCCUCGUUUCACCAAAGAGUGUGCAGUGUAUUACUUUCAUCGCGGCAAAGUGUUUCGAUCUAGUUGCGUUUUUUUUAUACUGUGUAUGUAGUAUGUGGGUGCGUGCGGUCGUCCGUAGAUCUCUGCGUGAUCGGUCCAUGCGCUGUAUCUGCACACGCGGUUAUUAAACCGAAAGUUGAAGUGUUAUAUUUGGAUAUGUGCCGAGUAAAGCAGCCAGACAGCUCUACACAUGGUACUUGUCUUGUCGGUGAGCUAUAAAAAUACGACUAAUGUCAUCUGUAAUCGAGCCAUAGCAUGAAAGGCUUCACAGCAACAAAAGACAAAGGACGUUUUACACCGGGGAUGAACAUUAUGCUCCGUAUAGCCUGAAACCCACGACUCACUAGUAUAUAGACUAUAUAUAAAUAUAGUUGUGCUGCAACUGUACAUGAAAAUACGACUUUUGGUCUGAUAUCAAAGAAGGACUAUCAUUAACCCAUGAGCACGGGCAAUGGCGACGCUGUGGCGACGGCAGCAGCACCCGCAGCCUCAUCGUCGUCGUCAUGGGGACAACACGGCGGGGAGAGUGCGGCGAAAUCACAGGAUACGCAACCGGCACCACCUUCCCAGACUCAAACGACACCCGCAACAGCACCGAAUACUAAAGCACAAGCACCGAAAAGACCUCCCCGACGUAGCGGAAAACCACUAGCGGACAGACCGAUUCGUGCCCUCUACUGCCUACCGCUGAAAAAUCCUGUGCGGAAGAUGUGCAUCGACGUCGUCGAAUGGAAACCCUUCGAAUGGUUGAUCUUGCUGACGAUAUUCGCAAACUGCGUGGCCCUCGCCGUUUAUACGCCGUACCCGAACAGCGAUUCAAAUUCAACGAAUACCUAUUUGGAAAAAAUCGAGUACGUCUUUUUGGUAAUAUUUACGGUCGAAUGCGUUAUGAAAAUCAUUGCCUACGGAUUUGUGGCACAUCCCGGUGCCUACCUAAGAAACGGGUGGAACUUGCUUGAUUUUACGAUCGUAGUGAUUGGAAUGAUCAGCACGGCAAUGGUAUGGUUCAUGAAGGAAGGUUUCGAUGUUAAGGCUCUACGAGCCUUUCGUGUAUUACGACCGUUGCGUCUAGUUUCCGGUGUGCCAAGUUUACAGGUGGUUCUGAACUCAAUCUUACGAGCGAUGGUUCCAUUACUACACAUCGCUUUGCUUGUACUAUUUGUCAUAAUUAUCUAUGCAAUCAUUGGUUUGGAACUAUUCUCCGGGAAAAUGCACAAAACUUGCUGGAACAACAGAACGGGAGAAAUGAUGGAUGAGCCACAUCCGUGCAGCUUGGAGGAGGCUGGAUUCAAAUGCGAGGAUCGUUUUGGGGCAGAUUAUAUUUGCAGCAAACAAUUUUGGGAAGGACCAAAUCUCGGUAUCACAAACUUCGAUAAUUUUGGCUUAGCGAUGUUGACUGUUUUUCAAUGUGUCACUCUCGAAGGAUGGACAAACGUUCUGUACGAUAUCGAAGACGCUAUGGGAAACAGCUGGCAAUGGAUUUACUUCAUCUCCAUGGUUAUACUUGGUGCCUUUUUCGUGAUGAAUUUGAUUCUCGGUGUGUUAUCCGGUGAAUUCUCAAAGGAGAGAGAGAAGGCGAAGGCUCGGGGAGAUUUCCACAAACUUCGAGAGAAGCAGCAAAUCGAAGAUGAUCUCAGGGGGUAUCUCGAUUGGAUAACGCAGGCGGAGGACAUUGAACCAGAAGCCGAGGAGCCUCAGCUGAUGCAGGACGGCAAGCCGAAACAACAAAACGAGAUGGAAAGUAUUGAUCAGUUGGAGGGUGACGAAGAUGUCCAGCAAGAAUCGUUCUGGACCAAAAAGAAGCGCGAUUUGGAAAGGGUAAAUCGACGCAUGAGACGAGCCUGCAGAAAGGCGGUCAAAUCCCAAGUCUUCUAUUGGCUGAUUAUUGUCCUCGUUUUCCUGAACACUGUCGUACUAGCUACUGAACACUACCGGCAACCCCAGUGGCUUGACAAUUUCCAAGAAGUAACAAACAUGUUCUUUAUCGGACUAUUCACCAUGGAAAUGAUGUUGAAGAUGUACAGUCUUGGUUUUCAAGGUUACUUUGUUUCGCUGUUCAAUCGGUUUGAUUGUUUCGUCGUGAUUGGCUCCAUCGGCGAGAUGAUACUAACAAACACGGAAGUAAUGCAGCCCCUCGGAGUAUCGGUCCUUCGCUGCGUUCGACUACUCAGAGUAUUCAAAGUAACCAAGUACUGGCGUUCAUUGUCAAACUUGGUUGCUUCGCUGCUGAACUCGAUCCAGUCCAUCGCCUCUUUAUUGCUCCUUCUUUUUCUAUUCAUCGUGAUCUUCGCUUUGCUAGGAAUGCAGGUAUUUGGUGGCAAAUUCAACUCACCCGGCUCUCAAGAGAAGCCAAGAAGCAACUUUGAUAGUUUUUGGCAGAGUCUGCUCACUGUCUUCCAGAUAUUGACCGGGGAAGACUGGAACCAAGUGAUGUACGAAGGUAUCAAGGCGUAUGGUGGGGUAUCUGGAUUCGGUGCGCUGGCAUGUGUAUACUUCAUCAUCCUCUUCAUCUGUGGAAACUAUAUCUUACUGAAUGUUUUCUUGGCUAUAGCCGUCGACAAUUUGGCCGAUGCUGAGUCAUUGACCGCAAUCGAGAAAGAACAGGAGGAAGAGGCUGAGAAAAAUAAAUCUCGUAGCGGCUCACUGAUACGAGAUCACGGUAGCGAAGAUGAAGCUGAAGAUGGGGAGAAUGGCAGCGGUAUCGAGGAUGAAGAUGAUGAAGAGAUGGAGGAGGAGCAGGAGGAAGAAGAGGAAGAAGACGAGGACGAAGAAGCUGAACAAGAUCCGAAUGAGACGAUUGAAGACUACGAAGUCGCAUUGGAUACAGAAACUUCAGAGAAGGGAGAAGAUUCCAACAGCCGUACUAAUAUGCGAUUACAAAUGGAGUCCGAAGACGAAGAUAUAGGAGUGCGUUUACGUGUCUUUCAAGAAGGUGGCGCAGGAGAGGGUGUUACAGCACGACCUCGUCGAAUGUCCGAGUUCAACAUGGCGACUAAAAAACAGCCGAUUCCAGCUGGCUCUGCCUUCUUUAUAUUCUCACAAACAAACAGAUUCCGGGUGUUUUGCCACUGGCUGUGCAACCACACUUAUUUCGGGAAUAUAAUACUGGCCUGCAUUUUGAUAUCAUCAGCAAUGCUCGCCGCUGAGGAUCCGCUGUCUGCAGAAACGGACCGCAAUAACGUCCUGAAGAGUUUCGAUAAUUUCUUCACAACUGUGUUUGCGGUUGAAAUCUGCCUAAAAAUGAUUUCUUACGGAUUCGUGAUUCACGAGGGAGCAUUCUGUCGAUCUGCGUUCAAUCUCCUGGACCUGCUUGUCGUCUGCGUCUCCAUUUCGUCUAUAUACCUGCCCUCCGCUAUGGCGGUGUUGAAAAUAUUUCGGGUACUCCGAGUACUGAGGCCUCUACGUGCCAUCAAUCGUGCCAAAGGAUUAAAGCACGUAGUUCAAUGCGUCAUCGUAGCUGUUAAGACUAUCGGAAACAUAGUCCUCGUCACCAGCCUACUGCAGUUCGUGUUCGCUGUCAUUGGUGUUCAACUAUUCAAGUACGUAGUGAAAUGCGUGAUUGUUGCCAUUAAAACUAUUGGCAACAUUAUGUUGGUCACCUAUCUCCUACAGUUCAUGUUUGCUGUUAUCGGGGUGCAACUUUUUAAGGGUAAAUUUUUCCGCUGCAACGACCGCUCGAAAAUGACGGAACUGGAUUGCCAAGGCACGUAUCUCGCGUUCGACGACGGUGAUAUCAAUAAGCCAUCGGUUGAGAAUCGAAAAUGGGACCAGAAUACAUUUCACUUUGAUAACGUUGCUAAAGCUAUGCUGACUCUGUUCACGGUGUCAACGUUCGAGGGCUGGCCCGCAUUACUGCAGGUAUCCAUUGAUUCGAAUAAAGAAGACAACGGACCCAUCCACAACUUUCGACCAAUAGUUGCCGUUUACUACAUCGUAUAUAUCAUUAUCAUUGCAUUUUUUAUGGUCAACAUAUUCGUAGGCUUUGUUAUAGUGACAUUCCAAAACGAGGGUGAGCAAGAAUACAAGAAUUGCGAAUUGGAUAAGAAUCAGCGCAACUGCAUAGAGUUUGCACUAAAAGCGAAACCGGUACGGCGUUACAUUCCCAAACAUCGUAUACAAUACAAAGUUUGGUGGUUCGUCACAUCACAACCGUUCGAAUACACCAUAUUCACCCUCAUUAUGAUAAAUACGGUCACUCUGGCGAUGAAAUUCUACGAGCAGCCACAGUUUUACACGGACGCCUUGGACAUACUGAACAUGAUUUUCACAGCAGUCUUUGCUCUUGAGUUCGUGUUCAAGCUAGCCGCAUUCAAAUUCAAGAAUUACUUCGGAGAUGCCUGGAAUGUCUUUGACUUCAUCAUUGUACUAGGAAGCUUCAUAGAUAUCGUGUACUCCGAGGUCAGAGGGGGCGGAUCCAGUAUCAUCUCCAUAAAUUUUUUUCGCUUAUUCCGCGUGAUGCGCUUGGUGAAACUCUUAAGCAGAGGGGAAGGUAUCCGAACUUUGUUAUGGACAUUCAUCAAGUCUUUCCAAGCUCUACCAUAUGUCGCUCUUCUGAUCGUAAUGCUGUUCUUCAUAUAUGCUGUUAUCGGGAUGCAGGUAUUCGGUAAAAUUGCCCUCGACGACGAUACAGAGAUACAUCGCAACAACAACUUCCAAACGUUUCCGCAAUCUGUUCUGGUCCUAUUCAGAUCGGCUACAGGUGAGUCUUGGCAGGAUAUCAUGAUGGAUUGUGCGGCACGAGGGAACGAAGUAAAGUGUGACAAUAGAAGUGACGAAAGAAAUUCGACUGGAUGCGGGUCAAACAUUGCGUUCCCGUACUUUAUUUCUUUUUACGUACUCUGUUCCUUUCUUAUUAUCAACCUGUUCGUAGCAGUUAUAAUGGAUAAUUUCGAUUACUUGACCAGAGACUGGUCUAUACUUGGUCCGCAUCAUCUCGACGAGUUUAUUAGACUGUGGUCCGAAUACGAUCCCGACGCCAAGGGCCGUAUCAAGCAUCUUGACGUUGUUACUUUGUUACGUAAAAUAUCACCGCCAUUGGGAUUUGGUAAACUUUGUCCCCAUAGAGUUGCUUGCAAGCGAUUAGUGUCGAUGAACAUGCCCCUUAACAGCGACGGUACUGUAUUAUUCAACGCAACCUUAUUCGCAGUUGUGCGAACUUCACUCAGAAUAAAAACUGAAGGUAAUAUCGAUGAUGCAAACGCGGAGCUGAGGGCUGUAAUAAAGAAGAUAUGGAAGCGAACCAGUCCGAAACUAUUGGACCAAGUCGUACCACCUCCCGGAGUGGACGACGAAGUUACAGUUGGUAAGUUCUACGCCACGUUUCUUAUUCAAGACUACUUCCGACGCUUCAAAAAACGAAAGGAACAGGAAAUGAAAGAAGGUGACAAAGACUGUCACAACACGGUAACCUUGCAGGCUGGUUUGCGAACGCUUCACGAAGCUGGACCAGAACUAAAGCGAGCAAUUUCUGGCAACUUGGAAGAGCUGCUGGACGAUAAUCCUGAACCAACGCACAGGAGAAAUCACUCAUUGUUUGGUAGCGUCUGGUCCAGUAUGCGAAAAGGGCACCACAAUUUUCACCGAGCCAAAUCGUUGAAAGUUGAUUCGACCGUUUCAAAGGUUUCACCGACCAAUUCGAUUGACUUUUUACCCUACGUAUCGACGAAAAGAGCCAUCAACGAUACCCAAAAUCAAGUAACUGCCAGGUCACAUCAGGUUGUGCCAAACGUUGUCGGUAGGAGCUUCGGUGACAACGCCAUGAACCAGAUGGCCGCAGACCCGAGGCAAAUACAUGCCGAAGAAAAUAUUCCUCUGCGACCACUGACGGUAUUCGGAAAUUCUUCGGAUAUACACCAGAUGAACUACCAGAACUCUUACAAAUUAAUUGACGGGCAAAGUUGCGGCAACUAUCUCCACCCGAAAAAUGAAUAUGUUACCUGGUCUGGCGAGAGUAAUGGAAAUGCCGGACCGGAUCGUCUGUCGCACAGUCUACCGGGGAGUCCAGCGGAUCGAAAACCAAACUUUGACGUCAUCGGCAGCGCGGAAAGUCUCGUCGGGCGGGUACUCGUUGAGCAAGGCCUCGGUAAAUAUUGCGACUCUGACUUCGUGAAGUAUACAUCUAGGGAAAUGCAAGAGGCGUUGGAUAUGACCAAGGAAGAGAUGGAUCACGCGGCUCACCUCCUAUUACUCAAUGAACAAAGGGGUCAGAACCUCAGCUAUCAAUUACAACAAUCGGAUCAAGUGCCAGACGGAAAUCUCAGACCGAGUCUCAGACAGCGUGAUCAACAUGCAAAUCGUCCCCGGAUGCAACGGCAGAACGAUUAUAUGACAAGUCAACAAAUAGCCACGACGUAUCGUCAACGGCAACAUGAGUACCAACACCCACAUCGUCGACAUCAGCAACAGCCGCCACAACAGCAAAAGCAACAACAACAAUCACCGUCCUAACAAUGUUACACGCAACGUAUACACGCAUACGAUGACCCACGCGAUGUGCCCUUAUAUCUUCAAUUUCUCUAUAACAAUUCCAUAUCGGUGUUGUUAUGUUGCGUGGUACCCAAAAUUCUAUCUCAUUGUUAAAGUAUAAUCACGACCUGGAAAUAGUUGUCGGAUUUCAAAGAAACCGUUUAAAAUGGAUGUGUUUUUACGACACGGUGAAUCAAUCGCGAUUUCUCCAAGCAAUAGCGAUAUCAUCUUGAUAUGGAUUAUCAGUGAGACGAAGCAGGGUGUUUGAAGUAUUGGUCGUGCAAGUUAGAAUGACUAAAAUACGAUGAACAUAUAAAUGAAAUUUAUUUUUUAAUAUAAUUCAAACAAACCAAAUUUGCGGCCGGUAUAGUGGUGGGUGUGGAGUGGUAUGCUCAGAACUACCCUAAUAUGUUCACCAUGCUCAAUAAUGACUGCAGAAACAUUAGUCUCGCCAGUAUUCUUCAUCAUUGUUUACAGGUAUAAAGAGGAGAUUUCGGUAGAAUGCAAAAGUUUCAAAUCUUUGAAUGAAUAUUUCUGAAAUUUUUACUAAUUGCCUGGAAUCCUGCAAUUGUAAUUACUACCAAAUUUGAACUCAAUAAGUCAAGGAAUAGAGAAUUAUGAAGAUUUUCUUCAAAUUUCUCCGAUACGUUCCUUGCGCAUGAUUAGCUCCAAUCAUACAGGGCUAAAGUAUUUAAUCGAUACAUCUACUACCGUGGACUCAAAAUUGUCUCGAGAAUUUUUUUAUUAGAGUUUUCUAAGUCAUUUAGUUUUUUAUCUGAACUGACAGAAUUUUUCUUUUCAUAUUUAAACAAUAUUUCACCAAAGUCACCUCUUGAAUAGUUAUAUUAUGGAGACUAUACAAAAAUACCAAAUUCCAUGCAAACAAAUAUCUGGCUAAUAUAAGAUGGCACUAGUUUUCCGCAUGCACCGAAGACAGUGGAGGGAGUAUAAGGCGGCAGAUUGAAUUGGAGACUUUCUACCAAUCUCAUUGGAAAAUCAUCGAUUGGUCGAUCUUGGACAUCCCUGCAACCAAAGACACUUCGGUGCAAAAGCAACACUAGCGACGCUAGUGGUACAAAAAUAAACCUAAUGUGUACAAUUACUGUGAGAAGUUCUGUCAAUUCUCCCACUUGAGUUCGGUCUCCUUGUGUAGUCUCCAUGAGUUUUAUUCUAAUCAAAGGUGGCCAGCAAAGUGCAGAAAUAGGUUCUUACCAUGUCCACAAUGACGUUUUGCAAUUGCACUAUCUCAUUGAAUUAGACAUUAUUACUAUGACAGCUGCUUGUUAUUAGUGAUAUACAAUUUAUAUAGCUCACAAUAUUUCCCGGUGAACGGAAUGAAAUUUUUCUAUUCCUAUCUAUCAAUUCUCCGAUAAUUUUGCGUCAAAAAUUGUCGCGGAUCCCUGGAUCCUGGGUGUAAACGGAAGUCGAACGAAUAACGGCAGUCGAUACCUGGCACUCAUUGCCACACCAUCAUACGCCAACCACAACUUAUUGUUAGUACAGAGAAUUGGUUUGUCGAUAGAAAUGAAAAGAAAUAUUUCUAAUAAGAAGGAUUCGCGUAGCCCUUAUUAUUCCUCACCCAUAAGCCGCGUACACAUCUGAGCACAAAUGGGAACGGCGCAAGGCAAGGCCGAAUGGAUGCUUUGUUCAUGGAUUUUGUUAAUUACGUAUGAAAACGACCGAGACAACAAACGCGAUAGUUGUCCGGUUGCGUUCGCGUAUCGUCCGUAACAAUGAACAAGUCAAAAUCCCCUCCACGGCCAUUUAACUAUAACAUAACUGGAACGGCGUCUACUAUUCUACGGCAUCGAUGAGCAGCGAGCCGAGAAAGAUAGCGUCAUGGGCCGUGUUCGACGGUCUCUUCUUUUUGAUGAAUUCCUUCAAAAUGAUAGGAGCGCACGCGCAGAACGUACUUCCUGCUGCGCGAGACCGGCACUUGCGUAAAUUAUUACAAUGAGAAUAUAACCUCAAAACCUGGGUAAUUUGGCCAAACCACGUGUCAAACAGUGUCGGUAUUGUUUUUACUGUCGAUUUUUCUUUGUACCUAGAACAAAAGAUGUCUCAGAAGCAACGCGUUAUCGCAAAACACGUAACUUGUUGACACAUUGUAUCAGGUUAUGAGGUUAUAUCCUUAGUGUAAUAAUUUGCGCAUGUGGCGGUCUCGCGCAGCAGGAAGUACGUUCUGCGCGUGCGCUCCUAUCAUUUUGAAGGAAUUCAUCAAAAAGAACAGACCGUCGAACACGGCCAUGACGUAUUUCGUCUAUGCUUAUAGCGUUACGCAUGCGCUUGUGACGGUAUCGUAAAGCGUGUGCAAAAAAUUAAUCUAUCACGGGCAUCACCACUCUUCACACCACGGUUAAAAUAUCUACUCUCCAGGUUCACAGUGAAUUUUGAUGUUUAUUUAUUUAUUUAUUUUUCUUUUUUUAAAUAUUCAGAUGCAAUAAUUAUGGUAUUUGAAUCUUGCCUCACCUUGUGUUCAGUUUAUAUUUCGUCUACUCGCUAUAACUUUUUGAACCAAACUGUACGGAGAGAGGCACAGCUAGAUUAUGACGCUAUCUCUCUCGGCUCGCGUGGAAGGCAUCGUAGCGCCUUCCAGUUGUAUUUCGUGCUCACGAUCAGAUGUGUACGCGGCUUUAGGUAGACAAGUAGCUGAAUAUCACUACAAUAAGUUGUUCGUAACCCUUAUAGGAGCCGAUUAAAGAAAUCCAAGAGUACGACACUUUUUAUGAAAUUAUAGAGACCGUGCGCAAAAUUCACUGCAGCGCCAAAUCGAUUCUAUUUGUCCCAACCGACGGGCAUUUUUCUCUGUGUACGCCAAUGACUCAGUCAAUCAUAAACUUCCGUCGUUACGCUAUGGCACGAAAUUAACCAAUCGUUUUGAACCGUCCUGUCGCAUAGUGACAGUUUACACUUUUACCAAUUUACUCGGUAUUUCUGAGACUAUUUUAACACCGAUAGCGCAACAGCUAAUCUUCAAUUUUCUUACACCGGGAGGAGGCAUUUUUUCGGUAAAAAUAUUUGUUUUUUCGGAAAAAUGAUGACAAAUAACCGCCAGACCGUUUGUCAAAGUUAACGCAAGUCCCGUUGAUAGGGACAACUUUGGCCACUCGCGGCGCUACUCGUACUCACGCUCGGUCCCUAUGAGCAUCUUGUACACCGUGGAAAUGUAUACCUGCCUCAACAGCGUGCAGUGUUGAAACCUAAAAAUAUUGCUACACCUGGACUGUAUCUAACUGAGAAGCGCAAUCAGAAUUGAUCAAUCGUUUCAUGAAAAAUAUAUUUAUGUUGGAACAUUAAAAUAUUGAUAGUAUUAGUAAUAAUCUUAACAAUACUGCUACAUUGCAGGUUCUGUUGUUCAUCGUAUGCUGUGCAUACUAUAUGCAUAUACAUACCUAUAUAUCAUACGCCAUGGAUCAUACGUGUGCCGAAAAAUUAUGACUAAAUCGAUUGAAUAUUAACAAGUGCCUAAAAAAUGGAUAACUUCUUUAGGACCAAAGAAGACUAAAUUAUCAACGUAUAGCUAAUAAUGUUACGAUUAUAGUUAUUGGAUAAAUAUAUCGAUCCAAAACCAUUUUUGAAAUUUGAAAAAAUAAACUGCUCACCAAGCGUGCAACUACAAUGUAAAACUCA